UGUGUACGUCGCGACGGGAUGUGAUUGAGUGUUGCCUACUUUCCGCUUGUUGCGAUCGUCUCUACUACGAACUUGUUUAUAGCUUUAUCUUUCUCGAUUUUUGACAGAACACCAACAAAACAUUGAAUGUUUUAAGGUUUUGGAAUUUUCGUCAGCAACAACACCAUGAGUUUCCUGAAUUCCUUGCAGGAAUACGUGAGCAACAGUGUAGCAGGAUUGAGUCUAAAAAGUCCAAAGAGAUUUUCGCUCUCUCGAACCGAAACAGCGACCGAAGCUGCAGCUGUACCGUCGGGUUCCCGCAGCAACUCAGCAGAUGGCAACGCUCCAGGUUUUCCGAAAGUGAUACCUACUCCGGGUGCCGUGGCCCUCGUCCAACGUCGCAAAAGCAACCUGGAAUGUCCGAUUCCCGUGAGCCCUUCGCGUCGACCGGGCUCGUUUCGGCAAAAAUCACCGCGUGCUACUCCCGACAAGCAAAUCACUUUUUGCUGCAGAAGGACAAGUUGGCCGGAGGUUGACGUCAAUGUUAAAUCUGGAAUUCAAGAAACUGAUUGUUCGUACUUCGAAAGUUUUACCGCUCUAGCCUGGGAACAAGAAAACCAAAGAUUAAAUCUACUGAAACUGUCAGAUGCCUCAACAUCUGAAGCCCCAGUUCCCGAACCGGACCUGGGAAUUUCACCGAUUGACUAUAAUCUAUCUCACGACGAAAAGCAGAAACUUUAUGUCGAGAUGCUUUACACCAUCGCAAAUACGGUUGGAGCCCCUGCCCCGGGAGGUCAAUACGCACAUUUUAAAGAGGAUCUUUAUCUUUACGGGCAAAGGGCAUUCGGCAUGCCUCCUGAUAGGCACUAUCAUAUGCUGAACGUGGCCGGGGAGGAACAACCCCCCAUCGUCGUCCUUAGUGUUGUCGUUAUCGAAGCCGAGGGACUAGAGGCGAAGGAUGCCAAUGGAUUCAGCGAUCCGUAUUGCAUGUUGGGCAUCCAACCGAGAGCGGCCCCAUCAUCUCCCCAACCGUCAACCUCCAGUCGGACGCUUUCCGACGUCGGCUGCGGCUUAAGCAACGAUAAUCCCCUAUCGGUGAAUCAGGGAGCUGGCACGAGCGUCAGCGGCAACGAGAAGCUGCGGAAGCACCACAGCUUCAAGCUCAGCUUCAAAAGAAAAGAUGGCAGGGUCCGAGAACAAAGGGACAGUAUCGGCGGCGCACUGCCCGCGAAAUUCAUCCGAGCGACUUCAGUCAAACCGCACACCCUCAAUCCCAAGUGGAACGAGAAGUUCAGAUUUGAUAUUGAUGACAUAUCAACAGACUCGAUACAUUUGGAUAUAUGGGAUCAUGAUGACGAAAGUUCAGUACUGGAAGCUGUCAGCAAGUUGAAUGAGGUACGAGGAGUAAGAGGCCUAGGUAGAUUCUUCAAACAAGUAUGCCAAUCAGCAAGACAAAGUUCUCAGGACGAUUUUCUAGGAUGUGUAACGAUUCCAAUACAGGAUAUCCCUUCAACUGGCUUGGAAGGUUGGUUCAGACUGGAGGCCCGCUCCCAACGCAGUUCCGUCCAGGGCCGUAUCAAGUUAAAACUGUGGCUCUCCACCAGAGAACCACGCGGCUCAAACGAAGAUGACAAUUGGACAGAAGUUACGCAGCACGAAAACUUGACCGUCGUUUUUAUAAACUACGAACUAAAAAACUGGGGUAGAGAAUCGUGGCUUUGGGGUGGAGAUUUACCAGGAUUGGCUUUGACUAUUUUACAUCAGCAUGCUGUACAAGGUGAUUUAAACGAUCUGCAAAUAGCAAUGUCGAGGUUUGCUGCUGCCUCCAGAGUGUAUAUGAAGCAUCCGCUAGAUCCAAGAUGGAUGCUGCAAUUAAUGAUGAAUAUUGAGACACAUUGGCCACAUUAUUCAUUGAACAAGGAAGAAGAAAUGUGGUUGGCUGAGCGAUUUACCUCGAUGCAAGAGAGAUGGCUGCAGCAAAUAAGACACCAUCGUCAAUUAUUCCCUGCUCUACAUUCGGCUUCUUUAACAAGACUGGAGCAUCUUCUAAGAUGUUUAGCUUAUAUGUCGAAUAUGAAAGCUUUUUGGAAGGUCUGUCCGUUCAACAAAGAAAUCCGGGGUGACAUUGUAGCUUCGCUCAGAAAAGGCACUCCUGAAUGGUUCAGGUCCUUAAAGUUUUCUGUGAUCGCUUCGGACGAAUACGAUCCUACGUUUGUGGACUUCUGUGCCGAGCUCUACAUCCAACUGAGACAAGCUUUGUCCCAUUAUCACCCGAUCUUCGAAGGAACGAACGGCAUACCGUAUUUCAGCGUAGUUUUUAAGCAGAUGGACAGUCUCAUAGCUGAAGAAGUCGUGGCGUUUCUACACCAGAACGAGCAUCCCGACACUGCUUAUAAUCGGCUGAUUUUCUCCGUAUAUCUGGAAGUGAAGGAUUUGGCCUCUUUCAGUCAACAUCUUCCUGUGGGAGGUGACCACAAGCUACUCUUGACGCACUGUCAUGAUUGGUUCGAGCCAGCAGUUAGCUGCUGGCUUACUUCUUGCCGAGGAAGGGCUUUACAGAGGGUCCGAACGUCGGUCAUGAUCCAGAAAAUUUGCGACGGAGAGAAAUUCGUUCGACACAGUUCAUCGUCUGUGGACAUCGUAACAAUGUUUUGUCAAUUAAGGGAAUUUUGGCGUUACCUACAGUGGCCUAAAGCACAGUCAAUACUUUUAGUAUCCCAAUUGUUGGACUGCAUUUGCUCCGCGGCCUUACUUUACGCCGAUACCAUUUACCAAGGACUGAUGGAGACUGGAUAUUUUGAUAAACUGGGACCUUUUAGAAUUAGCGACGAAUUGUGCAUAUCUGUGAAUAAUCUCGAAUACGUUUAUCACUUCGUUUCGUUGUUAGAAAACUACUUCGAUUUUCUUACUCUACAAUCGUUAUCGACAGAGACGCAGUUUUCUCCUUUAACCACCCAACUAAGCAGCACUUUGAGCCAAUUUCAAGUGAGAAUACGGGAUAUCAUUAGGAGAGCUGGUCUGCAAAUGCAAGAGACUCUAAGAAAGGCAAUGUUCCAUGUGGCUUGGUCACCGGAUACUCUACCAACAGAUCAAGCCGUCGAACCAUUGUUCGACUUCCUUAGAGGACAUUUGAUAGCACUGAACGUAGCUUUAUUAGCGCAGAAUUUUCAAAAAAUUCUUCAAGAGAUCUGGGACUUCACACUUGUUGAAUUUAACCACCAAAUGGAGAGCGGGGUCAACAGCGACGAACUCCCCGCCAUGUUUCACGAGAGGCUUCACGCUGCCUUGGAGCUCAUCGUAGAGUUCUUCCAUGCGGAUGGUCAAGGCAUCAGCAUGGACCUUAUACGAUCUCCAUUUUACCAGCAGGUUGAAGAGAAACUGCAGUAUCAUAGAACCGACACAGAGACUUUAAUAGAAAUGUUCUACAGUCAACGACUACAAGAACAGAUCACCAUACAGACCAGUCCGUAUGGCACUCUGGCAGUGAGAGCAUAUUUCAAUCACGAUUCGCUGUGCGUUGAGGUGCUACACGCCAGAGACAUCAUCCCCCUCGACCCCAAUGGCUACAGUGACCCCUUCGUCAUUAUAGAACUGUUGCCGCACAGAAUGUUUCCGCUCUGCAGCACUCAACAGACCAACGUCCAUAAAAAGACGCUUAACCCCAAUUUUGACGAAUGUUUCGAGUUUAGUGUAUCUUUAGAACAAUGCCGGCGUCCUGAUACCAUGAUUGGUUUCACAGUGAUGGAUCAUGAUGUUAUAACUGCCAAUGAUUUCGCCGGAGAGGCAUUUUUAGCCUUAGGUAAUAUACCAGGAGUAGCGGACAUCGGGACUGGUGUGGAAAAUUUCCAUGGACUGAAACCCGUCGAACUGAUUUUAAUGCAACAACACCAAAGAAAUCAUCCAAUUUUGCAAAUAUUGGAAUACAGAUCCGGCGACAAAGUAGCUGCAGAAUUCGUCAAGAAACAGAAGCAGCGAUUCGCCGUCAAAUAAACAACUAUUUCAUAUCUACAACUAUCCUAAUAAAUGUGAUGAAUGUGUAUUUCCCAGCACUGAAAUAAAUGUAUAUGUCUAUAUAAAUCUAAUUGUAUAAAAAUAUAAGUAUUUACAUACGUAAGUCGAGAAAUGUUUUCGAUGAGAUAUAGAUGUACACAAAGAAAUCAAAAAUAAAACUUUAAAUCGCACUUAUCCAAAAAAUUAACGCAACACCUUAAAAAUUGGCCAUUUUUGAUGUCUUUAGUUUCCUAAACCUGUUGUCCGAUUUAAGUGAUUUUUUUAACAUGUCAUAGCCUUAUUCUUUAACAAUAUCGCUGUAAUAAUAUUGUUGCUAGGCAGGACAUUGUCAUUGUAUACCGGGUGUACCAAUCAAACUGUGUUUUUUUCUAAAAGUUCACUACACCCUGUGGAAUAUUUAUAAAAUACUGACAUUAAAACCCAACUAUAGCCUCGUGUUUUCUUAAAAUUCUAUUUUUUGAUUCAUUCGCUUAUGUUGGAUAAUAAAGAAGGUAGGUACUUUAACAACUAGCCUUGUUUUUCGUCAAUGCAGGGUGGUUUUAAGUAAGUAGGCAAACUUUAAGGGGUAAUUCUGCAUGAAAAAAUAAUGACAGUUUGCUUUAUAUACGUAUAUCCGGAAAUGCUUCGUUUCCGAGGUAGGGGGUGUUAAAAUUUUUCUUAUCAACUGACGAUUUAUUUAUUGCUUUAAAACCGCUUAACAUAUGCAACUGAAAUUUGGUUUGGUUUAAGAGGUAGUCAUUGUGCAUUUUUUGACAUACAGGUAGGAAUUUUGUGUUCAUCAUUGGCGCACAUAAGGGUCAAAUUACCCGUAUGCACGUCAGUGGUGAAUAUUAAAUUCCUAAUUGUAUCUCUAUAAAUAACUACCUCUUAUAAAACACCAAAUUCAAUUAUAACCGGCAUAUCUUAACCGAUUUUACAGCAAUAAAUAAAUCGACAGUUUGUAAGAAAAAUUUCAAUACCCCCUAUCUCGGAUAUGAAGCAUUUGCGGACAUACGUUUAUAAAGCAAACUAUCAUUAUUUUUUCAUGCAGAAUUACCCCUUAAAGAUUGCUAUACUUAUUUAAAAACACCCUGUAUUGAUGAAAAACAGGGCUAGUUGUAAAAGUACCUACCUACAUUUUUUAAUAUGCAACACAAGCAAAUGAAUCAAAAAACAGAAUGUUAAGAAAACAUGACGCUUAUACGAUGACAAUUUACGUUUCUAGGAACAAUAUUAUUACAGCGAUAUUGUUAAUGAAUAAGGCUAUAACAUGUUAAAAAAUCCCUUAAAUGGACAACAGGUUUAGGAAAUUCGAGACAUCAAAGUGACCCAUUGUUGGUGCGUUAAUUUCUUGGAAAAGUGUAUUAAUAAAUAAAUGCUAAGAUGGGUAAAACGCUAAAACUUUCUUUUAUAUUUUAGCUCCACUAGAGAUGUACUUUUUUAAUUAAAAGAUGAAACAGAGAAGAUAAAAUUAAUAAAAUGUUUUGCUAUAGUCGAAACUGUUUCAAAUUCUCAAAAAAAUGUAUUUUUGAUUGAUUUAAAUGUUGCAAUGCUUUGAAACUAUGGCUUUUAAACUUUAAAAAUUCACAAUAGAGUAUUGUAUUGUAUAUUUUUGACCUUCAAAAUAGUAUUGAAAUUAUUAUAAUGAAACGAUGUAAACAAAAACGUUCUAAGUUCAUGGUUUUUAGAUUUUUAACAUUUUGAUGGAUCAUACUUACAGAUAUGCAACUGGAAAAUGCAAGCAAGGGACAGAACAGAAUGGCGUAGAAAGCUUGAGAAGGUCGAGGUCCUCUAAGGGCUGGAGCACCAAGAUGAUGAUGAUACUUACAGAUAUAUUGUUUUGCAGUAAGAAACGUCAAAUAAUAUAUCGAAACGUGUCAAAAACACUCCCAAAUUCUUUGGUAUUUAUUUAAAUGGCUAAUACAGAUUUUAUACACUAUUUUGUGUAUUUCAACUAUUUUGCAAAAAUGGUUUUCAUAACUUAGAACUUUUUUUUACAACGAUUCAAAGAAUAUUAUAAAAACACAAUGUAGCACUGUAUUGUAUAUUUUUACGCUCAACGGUAUUGAAAGAAUUAAAACUGUUUAUGUACCUGCAUAUAUAAAAUCAAAAUAUUAUAAAUAACAUUUAAACCUAAUAAAAUACUUAACGAGAAAAAAUAUAUUUUGUAAAUAAAACAACCAUCGAAAACAUUUCCGGAAAUACGUAACAAAUAAUUGAAUCUUUAGUCUAACAGAUUAGUAGAAAUUUUUUUAUUUGAAUUAUAUAUGAAUCAAACACUACAUUGUAUUUUAAGCGUAAGAAAAUCAUAACAAAUAAGUUGUAGAAUACUAUUUAGAGUUUUUUAUUAAUAUAAAAAAUAACUGCCAAUCUCUUAAAAAAAAUCACCUCUGUGUAGUAAAAGCGAAGGAGUUGUUAAUUUUACCAAAUUUUUAGGAGAUUAUUAAAACCCAAAGUAGGUAGAAUUGAAAAGUAUGCCAAAAAGGACGAAACAGUUUUAUACUGUUCCUUUGACGAUGUGUAGUCAUCUCAAUUUCUUGAAAGCUGAUAGAGAUCAUAUUUUAAGACAGAGAAGGUGCAUUUGUUUUUUUAUUCUUUCUGCUUCUCUAGGUGCCGUCUCCGCUUCGAAGGUUGGCAAUCAUCAGAACGAUUUUUACUUUUGAGACCACGGCUCUAGUUGUUUUUUGGAUUUGUGCCCAUUGUAUUCAUAUUUUUUUUAGUUAUUUUUAGAGGGUUUCUUUAUCAUAUCAUGUUCUAAUUCUGUUCUGAUCUUUCGAUGGAUGUUCAUUUGCUUCUUUUCCAUAUCCUAAUAUUUUCGGGGUAUAUAAAUUUAAAUCUGCUGUUACUUAUGUAGGCGGUUUGCCCUUUUCCUCUUGCUCCUAGAAUAAAAUAAAUGCAAACAUCUUUCCCCUGCACCUGAAGAAGAUACCAACAAAGGUAGCGAGACAAUGAGAUGGUGUGAUACGUGUUUUUAACAAAUAACAUACUGUACAAAUAACAUAAUUUAUAGAAUAUUGUCUGUGGCAUAAAACUUUGAAGGAAUUAAUGACAACUAAAGCCACUGGCGUCAGAUUAUUUCGUCAAAUUUAGUGUACAAAAGAUUUAUUUCUACUAAUUUGUUAGAACAAAACUUAUAACUGUGUAUAUAUGUAUUUCUACCUGCACAUCUAGACCUUACUUUGAACAAACAUUACGAAUUUUUUUAAAAACUUUCUAUAUAAUCGACUGUAUAGUCCCUAAGACCUUACGACUGCAACAAAAAUAUCAAAUCAAAUAUUUUCAUCGUUUACCAAGUACUCUCUCAGAUAUAUAUAUGCCGAAUUUAAACGAGCCUGUCAAUUUUUUCAAAGUAAGGGGUCCACCAAAUACAGGGAUUUUCUUGCCAAAUCCGCAUCAUGUUAUCAAUCGGCUUCCUCGACGUUUUCAAACAUUUCUUUUAUUCAAACAGAAGUGAAAAAUGACGACGUCAUCAGUUGUAUAGUAAUGAAAGUUAAAAAAUAGUAUAUAUUACCGCAAAAGAACAAUUAUUAUUAUUUUCCUUUCCAAUAACGUAUGUAAUCUGUACAAUCUUCGUACUAAAAAUAUAUCAAGUUUGUACUAUGAUGCUAUAAAUAAUGUUGCUGAUCACGUGAAUCGGAAUUGGUAGGAAUAAUAUAUUGUAUUUAAAAGAAAUACACAGCUGUUGCGACAAAUUGAAAAUAUUUUAUUAGAUAAAAUAUAUUAAAAAAUAUAAUUGAUAUAUCUAUAUAUAAUACGGAACGAUAUAUUUUGAAUGAUUGGGCUUUAUUGAAUGUGGGGACCCCUCAGUAAUAAUUAUAAAAUUUUUGUCUGCUAUUUGGUCACUGCUUUAUCGUUUAAAGUAUAACGAAACCAUUACGAAACGAAGCGUUUGUUAGCGUAAACACCGGAAUUGUAUGCAGCAGGUAAUACAGCAGGAUGAGUAUUCAUGUGUAUUACGUGUUAUCUAACAUAAUAGUGUGCAACUUGGAAUAUAAAAUAAACUACAUAUUUUAUAUUCCAAGUUGCACACUAUUAUGUUAGAUAACUCCUUACUUAACAGUAAAGAUUUGCUAAUACUAAGUUUAGUAAGUGUACCUAAUAAUUAAGUUAAUUAACACUAAUGCCUUACAGGUUUGCGUAUUAAAAUCCAUAUUAACUUCCAUGCAGGCGACGUAAAAGAUAAGUUGCAUUAAAUCGUAUAAGUAAAGAGAUAAGUUUGAUAAGAAAUUAACAAAUAAGUAAAUUUACAAUUCAUUCUCUCAUUCAUUCAUUCAUUCAUUCAUUAAGCAGUACAAUCCCUAGGUAUUAUAGUUAUUAACGCCAUAGUGUUCAAAAUCCUAUUCUUGGGAGAGGUGGAUUAUUCUUCUACGUCAUUUAGAGCUUGCUCUGUGUCUUUGGUGCUGUUUUGAUUAUUUUCUAUUUCUUCUUGUCCUUGCACUGAACUUUCCAGUUAUACUUCUCGACAUAUUUGAUUGUGGGCGUCUCUGCAUAUGUCCUAUUCAUUCUAAGUAAAGAGAUUUUAUGUAUUUUAUGACCUCUCUUUAAUUCUUCUUCAUUUUCGGCAUUUGUUUUCAUUCUUAUUUCUCCCUGUCUUGUUACAUUGUAGCUCAGUAUUGUUCUCAUUAUAUUUCUUUCAAAUUUCAGAAGGCUAUCUUCCUCUUUCUUGUUAAUCGUCGUUGUUUCCUGAGUGAUCGUAAUCCCACAGCAGGUCUUAUUGAGGUCUUUAUAGGUUCAUCUUUGUUCUCUUACUUGUCUUACUUCUCAGCAGAUUUCUAUUCAUUCCAUAUGUUUUUUUGCCUUUUAGAAUUCUUUCCUCUGUUCUCUCUUGUCCGUUUUUCGCUAUUGUUACUCCUAAGUAGUUAAAGUUGGAUACAGUUUCAAAUUUAUGGUCCUGUGUUAUUAGAUAUUUCUGAGUUGUUGUGUCGUCCUUCCCUAUCGUCAUGUAUUUUGUUUUUUUGCUGGCUUAACUCUAGCCCUGUUCUCUUCGCUUCCUUAUCUAAGUCUUCAAUUGCUUUUAUAACUUCAUCUUCGCUAUGAUUACUGUAUCAUUUGCAUAUUCUACUAGUUGAAGUUGAUCUGUAAUUUUAAAUUUACAAUAGAUAUUUUAAAAAUAUUUGCAAUUAGUUAGUUUUUGAAUUAUAAACUGUGCAUAAGCUACAUACCUACUUUGAAACGAAUAUAAAAGUGAUCCUACCUAUUUCAUUCUUCUUUCAAGUAUCAUGUCUUUGUAGAACAUUUUAAACCAAUUUACUUUGUCUACUGCUUCCAUACCAUAUAUUGUUGAGCGCCUAGGUUCUUGUUAUACCUUGUCCACGUUUGCCUUCAAUUGUCCACCUUUGAUUAUUAACAGUAAUAGAUUUAUUUAGCAUUUCUCACACAAGUACUUUAAUUCUCUGGUUUUAAUGAUGUAAAGAAUACUAUUGUCAAUGGAAUUAACGUUUAUUACAGUGUAAAUUGUUUAAAUUAAAAAUUCUAUGUAGUUCUAUAUGGUUAUAUCAACCAAAUUAAAAAUAAUAUAAUGCAAUCAUCAAUAGGUAUCACUAGUACAUCCCUCAUCCAAUGUUUCAAUGAACAUACUAUAAAAAGUUAACUGCAGAGAAAUUGCAGACAUUUCGGAAUGAGGGUUUGACUGCUUUGUUAUCGGUGCCUAGUUUUCUUAAUUUCUUUUUAUCACAUUUUUAUUUAGUAUCAAUAAUUUACAUUUUGAUAUUUAUCUUCUUAACCCAUUCGCUGCCGAUCGAGGAGGAUGUAACUUGCCUUGGAGCCAGUUUGUUGAACGGCACCUAACUGAAGUAACCGUAUCACUCGCUGGCGCGUGAACGGAGUAAUUAUACUUUAAAUGAUAAAGCACCAUUUUUUACAUUAAAAACAAGAACAUGUUUGUUAGACAAUAUUUAUUCCUUGUAAUAUACCGCAACAUGAACACCCUAGAGCGAUAUUAUAAGUAUUUAUAGGCCUGGAUCCAGCGUACCAAAAAAAGUUGAUUAAUAGCAAGCUGAAAAUUUGUUAAUAGCUUAACGGUGUCCGGUUGAACAAACUUUGAUGGAGGGGAACACUGGAACAGGGGAAGUUUUAAUUGUGGAACAAAUUAUAAUAGAACUCCAUAAAUUACGGGGUAGUUACCCUGAGGAGAGGGUUGAUUUGGUAAAACAUUAUUUAUUCAUACUAUAUGUAUUGAUCACUUCUAAAUAUCUGUAACGAGUUGGUGGGCUUGAGGUCUAACUGUCUAAUAGUAAUCUGAAUCACGAAUGAUGAUUGAUAAAAGAAUAAUAAAAGAAUGAUCCGCGAUGCUUUGAUGUAACUAUAAAUAAACUAGAAAAGUGUUGAUGUUUUUAAUGCUGACACGGGCUGGCCGUGAAUUAAGAAUAAUAUUGAAUAGCUGACAAAGCGUUAUUGAAAACUAGGUGCGCUUGUGUUGAGUAAUCGGUGUCACCUAAUUAUUUAACAACAAACGUGAUGUUUGUUUUGUAAGACAUUUAAAAAUUAAAUGAAUAUGUUUUACUCUCAUUUUGGAUGCUGAUAAUCCUGUACAAAGUUACGGGUUUCGAACGUCAGACUACGAAAACGUGUCAUGUAUUUUGUCGAACAGAACUUCCAAUUGAUUUAUUUCCAUUUCAUUAAAUUCUCAUGCAAAAAUCAGACUGCUAUUUAUCGCCAACAUGAUUCCUGUCAUUUAACAUGGUCUAUGUGUUGGACUUAAAAAUUAAAAUGGCCAACAUAUUUGUAGGACAAACAUUUUUUCAUAUAUUAUAAAAAGUUUGCUAUUAAAUAAACUUAAAAACAACCUGUUAGUUUUCACAAUCAUAAACCUGUCAGGAUGACAAGUUCCACAAUUAAGAGGCAACAGUAGCGAUCAACAGGUAGCAACAAACGCGAUCCAAGAUUGCGGCUGUAAUUUUGAAUAGUUUGUUGAGAUAUUUGGCACACAUAUUUAUAAUAUAAUAAAAAAUGGCGGUACAGAGCCCAAUUUGGGAAAUAUGUUAGUAUGUGGAAAUUACUCAAAUUGGGCUCUGUGCCGCCAUUCUUUAUUAUAUUACGAAUAUGUGUGCCAAAUAUCUCGAAAAAAUAUUCAAAAUUACAGCCGCAAUCUUGGACCACGUUUGUUGCUACCUGUUAUUGAUCGCUACUGUUGCCUCUUAAAACCACGUUUCACAAUUAAAACUUCUGUUCCAGUGGUUCCAUACAUCAAAGUUUGUCUGACUAGACACCGUUAAAUUAUCAAUAAAUUUUCAGCUUGCUAAAUAAACUCUUUUUUGGUACGCGGGAUCCAGACCUAUUAUUUUAAUUUUUGCUACUGCAACGUUUGUGCAUUUCUUCCUAGCUUUUAUUACGAUAAUGAUGUUGAUUCGUUAUUGUAAAGCCUGUAAUAUAAACAAUCUGUAAUUACCAAAUUCCUACACUUUUCUACAAAAAAGACGGAAUUAGAAACUUUAUGGAGUAUUAUAUGUUUGCCUAUUGUAUUUACAUUACUUAUAUGAGUAGUUUUUUACAUAAUCCAGUCACACAAGAUAUUUGAUAGUUAAUUUUUUUUAAAACGUAGAUUUUCUACAAAAAAUUUUAUAUCCUAAUUUGUUCAUGGGCUAUAUAUAGUAAGCCUUUAUUUUGUCCAUGGUCUGUAUAGUCAAAUUUUAAAAGCAUUAAAAAGAGUAAACUGUAACAUUUUUGUACAUAAAAAGGCUGCUCUUUCUUCCUUUGUGCUCAAAAUUUUUCUAUGACUUACGGUUCGUGAGAAAAAAAUUCGUUCAGAUUUGAAAAUUUUGUAAGAUUAAAAAAUUCUUAUUUUGUCCAAUUUGAGUCCAAAUCCGUAAUUUUUUCAUGAACUGUAGCCUCCCCGCAAUUGCUUUUCUCGUGAUGAAUCGUAUAAACUCUCAAAAACGUUUUUUUUUUUCUACAAUUUUCUAUAAAAAAUUAUAUACAAUAAUUUUUUCAUGGGCUGCCUUUGAUUUUUUGAUGUUGUAUUUUGGUAGAGUUGUAAAAACAUUAAAAAAAGAAAAUUGUAACACUUUUCUUACAUAAAAAUGGCUGCUCGUUUUUCCUCCGUGCUCAGAAUUUUUCCAAGACUUAGUUCGUGAGAAAAAAAUUUAUAAAGGUUUGAAAAUUUUGUGAAAUUAAAAAAUUCCUAUUUUGUCCAAUUUGAGUCCAAGUUUGUCAUUUUUUCAUAAACUGUAGCCUCCCCGCAAUUGCUUUUCUCGUUAUGAAUCGUAUAAACUCACAAAAACGUAAAUUGUCUAAAAAAAAAUUGCGUACCCUAAUUUUUCAUGGGCUAUAGCCUUUGAUUUUGUGCUGCUGUAUUUUGGUUAAAUUUUAAAGGGGUAAAAAGAAUAAUAAACUGUUGCCCUUUCCUUAAAACAUAAAAAGGCUGCUCGUUCUUCCUCUGUGAUCAGAAUUUUUCUACGUCUUACGAUUCGUGAAAAAAAAUUCGGUUAGAAAUUUGGAAAUUUCGUAAAAUUCAUAUUUGGUCCAAUUUGAGUCCAAGUCCCCCAUUUUUUGAUGAACUGUAUGUAGCCUCUCCGCAAAUGCUUUUCCGUUGAUGAAUUGUAUAAACUAUACAAUAAUUUUCUAAAAAAUUAUUUGAAUUUUUGCUGUAUUUUACCAAAUCUCGAUAAUAUUAGAAAUGUUAAAUUCUCACUUGAAAAUAUUUUAAUGAACUGUAGCCUUAAGAUGCCUUAAGAAUUUUAGUUUUUUAAAUAGUUUUUGAAUAUGUACUAAUAUUAUGUAAAUUGGCGUCUUAAAAAUUUUAACAGAAAAUUCAUUAAAUAAUUAUUAGAAUGUUAAGCCAAUACUUGAUUUAAAAUAUUCGUGUGAUUGGAUAUAGUAUAUAAAUUGCUAAAUAUGGUUGAUUGUGUGUUUUGUAUUGGGCAGUUUUACAAUUGAUGCAUUUUUCUGCUUCAUUUGCGCUUGAGCAACAUUUUAGUGUAUACUGUUAUUUCGGGAUAGUCCAGAACAGGAACAAUCAAAACAAUCGAGACUAUCGUCGCUUAAGAUGCAAAAGCUCGUAACUCAUAAAUAGGUUUUUGUGCAGGAGAGUAAAAGAACAUUCUCUCUUCUUCUUUUGCCCUUUUAUUCGUCCAAUUUUGAACAUAGGCUUCCCCCAGUUUCCUCCAUUCGCUUCUGUUUCCAGUGUGUUUCUCCUAUCUUUCUAAUGUCUUCUCCCCAUCUCAUCUGGAGCCGUCCGUCCUCUUGGUCUCUUUCCUGUCCAUGGUCUCCAUUGUUGUAUCGUAGUAUUUCACCUAUUGUCCGUUUGUCUAGCGUUAUGACCUGCGAAGCUCCAUUUUAGCCUGGCUAUAUCCUGCGUCUUUGACUUGUGUUUUAUUUCUUACCCAGUUGUUUUGCUUUUUGUCUGUCAAUUUUACUCCAAAAAUUGCUCUCUCCAUGGCUCUUUGUGUCUUCAUUAUUUUAUCCAUGUUUGCUUUGGUCAAGGUCCAUGUUUGGCAUGCGUAUGUUAGAAUUGGGAGUAUGCACUGGUCAAACACUCUUGUUAAGUUUUGUUUUACUUUUUUAUUCCUUAAGACCCAUUUUAAUUUCCCAAAUCCUGCCCAGGCUAAUCUGACCCUUCUUUUUACCUCCGCUGUUUGGUUUUUCUUAUUUAUUUUUAUUAUCUGUCCCAAAUAUAUAUAAUCAUUAAUCGCUUCUAUUGUGGUUUCGUUUAGUAUUACUUUUCUACUAUCUUGUGUGUUUGUCAUGUUUUUGUUUUGGUAAAAUUCAUUUUUAGACCUAUUUGUUCGGAUUCAUUUGCUACUUCGGUUAGCAUGGUUUGUAGUUCUUCAAAAAUUUGAUGCUUGAUUACUACAUCGUCUGCAUAUCUUAGGUGGUUUAGUUUCUUUCCAUUCAUGUUUAUUCCCAUGUUUGUCCAUUCCAUUGUUUUGAAAAGUGCGAAAAGUGAAAAAUGCGAAAGUCGUUAGAUCUAAAUGGAGAGUUCUUGAUGUAAUAUCAAGGUAUUAUUAACACAUUAUAUUAAAUCAAUAGUCACUAUUUAGAUUUGGCGAUAUUCUCAUGCACUGGAUGUUUUUUUUUUGUUCUUCUGUGGAAAAACUUAUUUGUGGGUUGCGAGCUUUUGCAUCUUAAGCGACGUUAUAAGAGUUUAAUAUAUAGAUAGAUAACAAACUUGUUUAUGUUUUUAUGAUAGAAAUGCAUAAUUUUUUGCCAUUAUUUGCGAUACCAUAAUUAUCAAUUUCUAAUAUAUCUGAUAGUUCUAAUACACUUAUAAAAUAUUGCUCAAUUUGCAGAUAUUCAAACAGUAAAAUAUCAUUUUUUGAUACAUAAUUUACUGUAUGUCGACUGAAAUACUUUAUUAGCUUACCCAGGUCUAAGCCUAGUUCAACAUUUACAUGAAUAGUUCAGUGCAUUUAAUGAUUAUAAUGAUGAAAUGAUUUAUUGAAGUAUUUAAACUAUACGCACAUCAGUUAUGAGCAGAGCAGUUUCUACUGUACUCAUUCACAAGAAGUAAGAAAGCCUGAAGCUUCUUCAGCUUUCGACAUUGAUCAAAAUCGUAAAUCAAAAACUGUGAUAAUUUAACUUUUAAUAAUUAAUUUGAGAAAAUUGUUUAUACACUGCAAGACCUGUAAUAAGCUGUCUACAUUUGGCGCAUCUCAAUGACUACUGUAAGUUAGCCGAGUUUGAUUUGUAAAGAUCAAAUAUAAUAUUUUGAUUUUAGUUAAACUUUUUAAUAAUUUUACCUUUUUGAACGAACUGUAAAACAUGCUACAUUUACAAAUCUUUUUAGGUCAUUUUUAUUCUCAAGUCUUCUGUAUAUGAAUUUUGUUCAUUAACUUCUGUGUUUGCCUGGAUUUAAAGAUUCUUGCUCUGAACUAUCUAGUACGUGGAGUAUAGGCUUUCACGGCCGGUGUCUCAUAAUGAUACGUUGUUUUCCGGGCUUAUAUGCCGCGAUGUAAAAUUAUUUUUUCAUCUUAAAGUUUCUCAAGAGCCUAAGGUAAAGAUUAUUGAAGACAAUGCGGCAACAAUUAAGUCCGGAAACGUGUCUAAAUGAUUCAGUACAUAUUUAAAGAUUAUUUAUAUUCUGUAGGAUACUCUAGAAGAUCUGUAUAUGAAAAUUAUGGCAAUCAUUCUCUAAAAUAUGUGUAAGAUGUAGUUUUAGCUUUUACAUUUCUUCUCAGAAUUAUCCUAAGUGUACCAAAUAACUCAAUCCGUGCUGUUGCUUGCGGUUUUUCCUACUUUUUUUUGAAUAAUUGUUUAUUCUAUCGAGCUUAAUGUACUGUAUGUCAAUUCAAAUAAACAACAAGAGAUUUCUCAUAGGCUGGAUCAAAUUUUAGAGUUUUAAAUGACUGUCUGAAUGCAAAUCAUAUAAAAUGUAUCCUGUUAAUAUUUAGUUUCAGCGUUUUAUUUCUAUUAUCAGUGCGAUUUUAGUUUCUUAUUUGCUACCAGUUUUCUAUUAUGUGUCCAUAUUCCUUGGCCUUUCGUGCUUAUUAAUAUUAAUUAAUUAUAUAAGUACUUUACUGUACUGUACCGUACCGUUUUUUUUUUAAUAAAUUGUAAAAUAUAGGUAAAAUGGAAUAGAUAUAAUUGGGAACAUUUAUCUGAUUUACGUUUAAAUUUGUUAUUUUUAUGCGAUUUUGGUAUGGUUUUUUUAUAAGGUGGUCUAUUAAUAAUAAUGGAAUAUGUAUUUCGUUAUUUCUCUGUAUUUAUUUCGUUACGCCAAAUGCAGCGAUAUUGACUAGUAGAUAUUUGCAUAAUACAUAUAUAAGUAUAAGAUUUUUAGUUUUAAAUAUUUGUUUUUUAAUUUUUCUAUCCAUCAAUCAAUGUAAAUUGCUUAUUUUAAAUAGUUUGCUUUUUGUUAAAAAAUAGUAACCAUGUUUUUUCUAAAACUAGAAAAAUGGAACAUCAUGGAAAUGGAUAAUCUUUGUGUGCUUGGUAUAAUUUUCUGUUGUCAUUUUGUUAAUACACCACACUCUAUAAAAAUAAAAUUUGAUUUAGUCAAUACUAUAAUGGAUGUGAUAAAUCGAUAUUCUUAUUGUCUCCCCUGCAAUAAAAAAACUACAAAAUCAAAAAAUUGUUUUAUUUUUAAUUUUUAAAACCUUCUAUUAACACCUCUGAGGCAGCCCCUGAAGUAGUUCAUAGGCCUGCCGCAGUGGCGCUAGAAUCGAAUUUAAGAGCUCCCUCUAUAGGAGAAUUGCUGAACUACGUAGUUUGGAGACCAGCCGCAAUGGCGCUAAUGUCGAGUUUAAUAGCGCCCUCUGUAGGAAAAUUGUUGAACUACGUAGUUCAGCGUUUCUCCUAAAGAGGGCGCUAAAAGUGUCUACACUGACACUGGGGCCAAAAACCCUGAAAAGUUUCAUGAAUUUUAGAAGUUUAUUAUGAAUAAAACAUUUUUUCUAAUUUUAAAAUAUUAUCAAAUACAAAUCUAGAAAGUUACAUUUCCCAUUAGUAGUUACUAAAACUCAUACAAUUUGUUAUGGACGGCUGUAAUUAUUAUAAAUAUUAUAUAAACAACUAAUUACAUUUUAUUUAACAUAUAAUUAUUAAUAGAUAGAAAAUGAGUAAUAACUUAUUAUUUAGAAUAUUAGGUAUUACGUACGAUAGAAUAGCAUACAAUUAUAUGAAUCCUCCCGAAUUUUUUGGAUUUAUGUGCUGAUGUAAAGUAAAAUGAGAAUAUAAAUUUAUAUAAUUUACUACUUUUAUUAUUAGGCUUAAUUUAUUACUUUUCGAUUUCGAAAGUAAUUUACUAUUUUAGUUGGGAAUAAGCCACAAUAUUAUUUUUUCAAAAGAAACAAUUUCAAAGUAAAAUGGUGGCUUAUUCCCAACUGAAAUAGUACCUAAAUUAAUGAAUUAAACAAAUAAAAAGUUUUUUUACAAAAUUUGUUUAAUUUAUUAGUGUUUUUCACUUUGAGAACGACUUCCGAAGUGGAAGUUGAAACGUCAACAUUAUUAUAGUAAAAUUCUGGCUUAUUCCCAAUAAAUAUUUUGUUUUAAAUUUUAAUAAUGGGCUUAUAAAAUUACUAAAACAAGAAUUAAAAAAAAGAUAACCUUCUCCCGUUUUUGCUAGGUGCGUUUAAGGUCCAUGCUUCUUCUAAAGAGAAGAUGUUAAAAUUGUACAGUGAAGAAGUUGGAAAAGAUAUGAUGAAAGUGAAUGCAGAGGAAAAAGAAAAUGUAUGCUUUUGUAAAAACUAUAGAAGGCCUCCGAAAGGACUAAAUCGAGACUUAACAAAAACUGCAGUUGGUGAAAACAGAACGGGACAUGUUGCAAAUCAAAGAGGCUCAAAUAAACCAAAAUAUUCAAGAUUUGAGAGAAUCUUCUCCCGAUGUUCGUGACUCAAUUAGAAACAGUGUUACAUCGUCGAGUUCAAUUUGUACAAAUAAGAACCUAAUCGAAACCAUGCAAAUGGUCCAAAGAGGAAAGAGUAUUAGUACCUCUGUGCUGCCAAGACAGAACAGAGAAGUGGAAAGAAAGACGAAAUUGUUGCUUCGGACGGUAGCUGAAAUACAAGAAACGGGUACCAUCUAGAGGAAAACGACACAGAGGAUGUUCCGAGCAUGUCAAUGGAAGAUGAAGAUAAUGAUUUCAAUAAUAAAUAUGUAGCCGUUUUAAAAGUCGAACAUUGUGUGAUAGGUGACAGCGAAAGAUAAUCGAAUAUUAGACUUUCUUAGUUAGCUUCUAGAAAUUUGCCCUGUGCCUACAAAUUUAAAUUCUUCAUGUCGAGCUGAAAUACAAUUUGCAAUUUAAGGAAAACAAUUUGAAGGUUUGUAACAUUGGUCUCGCCAAAAGAAAGACUUCGGAACAA